UGAAUCCAUACAUCGUUGAUUUGUGCGUUUCUCGCUCUACUCUGCUUUUCUCUCUCUCUCGUAUUAGGUAUAUGCUUCUGCGGUGCGCAUUUGAAGUUGAAGGCAGAUCGAUCUGAUCACGACGAGCUGAUUGCGAAGUAGAUCGCCAAUUUUGAGGUUUGAGCGAUCCGUCAUUGCACUCUCUGUUAGGAUGGAAAUUUCCAGAAACUGACACUAUACCGAGCUCGAAGAUUUGAAGUUCCAGAAUGCUGCAUGAUAUUUGUUUUGUAAACAUACUUGUUUUCAGGAAUUUCUCCUCCAUGCGAGGUUUCAUGAUUGGAGCUGUUCGACCUUAGUUGGAUUUUAUUGUUGCUGAUUCUGUUGCUAUGGCGCAAACGUGCAACAGAAGCUGCAUGAUCUUGAGGUUUUCGCCCGUCUGGCGGGCGACUAGAUUAGAUAGGAUAAGUAGGCUUAGGCUCUUAAAUCUUUCUUUGAAUGCAGGUGCUUUAUUCAUUUAUCAGCUGCUAGUUAGUUAUACGAUAGAAUGGCGUCUGUGGCCGUUGAAUAUUGCGGCACAGCAUGUACCGAACCAAAAAUCUCAGAAAAUGCAGCGGCUGAAGAGAAUGGAACUAGGUUCAGGAAAAAGGUUCAUGAGUCGGAGUUGCAGUGUUCCCACGAAGAACAUGGUCUGGAUAAAGAGUUGAUGACCCCGGGAAAGGUUGCUGGUACUGAAAGAUUGGAUAAAGGGUACAUGCAAUAUGGAUGUCCUCACUAUCGUCGGAGGUGUCGCAUUAGAGCUCCAUGCUGUAAUGAGAUCUUCAGUUGCCGUCACUGUCAUAAUGAUGCAAAGAACAGUAUUAGCAUCGAACAGAAGCUCAGACAUGAUAUCCCUCGCCACUCCGUUGUGAAGGUCAUAUGUUCACUUUGUGACACUGAACAAGAGGUUCAACAAGUUUGUCAAAACUGUGGUGUAUGCAUGGGAAGAUACUUCUGUGGAGUUUGUAAGCUCUUUGAUGACGAUACUUCUAAAGAGCAGUACCACUGCAAUGGUUGCGGCAUUUGCAGGAUUGGGGGCUCCAAGAAUUUCUUCCACUGCAACAAAUGCGGUUGCUGUUACUCCGCGCUUCUGAAAACCAGCCAUCCAUGUGUGGAGAGGGCAAUGCACCAGGAUUGUCCCGUUUGCUUUGAGUAUCUGUUUGAGUCGAGAAAUGACGUCAUUGCUUUGCCAUGUGGGCAUACCAUUCACAAGGCGUGUUUAGAAGAGAUGCAGGAGCACUAUCAGUACGCUUGCCCGAUUUGCUCGAAGUCCGUGUGCGACAUGUCGAAAGUGUGGGAGAAGUUCGACUUAGAGAUUGCAGCCACACCCAUGCCACCGUAUUGUGAAAACAAGAUGGUAUGGAUUCUGUGCAAUGACUGUGGGCGCAACUCUGAGGUGAAGUAUCACGUCGUGGCGCACAAAUGCCCCCACUGCAAGUCAUACAACACGCGCCAGACGAGAGGGCUCGGGAGAUAGAUCAGCCGGGGCUGCGGCCCGCGUGCAAUGAAGGCAAUUGGCGUUGCCGGGAGGAUGCUGAGAUAUCGUUUCAGCUUUUAUUCUUCAUAGAUUUUAUUUGCUGUAUGUUAAUAUUUUGUAAUCUCAUCUUUUGUUAUAUUUUGUAUUGUCUUUGUAAAUUUCAUAAUCUCUUUCUUUCAAGGAAUGAAAUGUAAUGUUGAUAUGCGUAA